AUGGAUUCGAUGCGCAGCCUCAACAAGUCACUGCCCAAGACAAGACGGCAGCCCGAUGUGCACCAGUCGUUCCGGACCGCGGCGUUGAACGUCACCAACCUAUACAAGUCGGCGCUUGCCGACGUCGACAGGGCGCGCACCGACGGCUACCAAGAAGCUCUCGACGACCUGCUCGCGUUUCUGGACAAGGAGAAGAUGGGCCUGGGCGACGGAGAGGGCUGGCGGAUACGGCAGUGGGCGACGGAGCGGCUGGAUGGAAGCCUGCCCAAGCAGUCGAGCAGCGACAGCGACGAAGAGUACCUCGACAGCAACCGUGCCAGGAGCUCCUCGCCCAUCAUGGACCGCACGCUGGACCCGCCAACGGCUACCGAGCAACGAUGCGACUCGGCGGCUCCCCUUCACAUGGAAGCCUCCACCACAGAGGCUGACAUGUCGCCACUACACCACGUCUUCGAAUUCUCUGCCGCCCAAGCCUUCCCGUCCGAACCACCAAACGAAACCGCCUCGGCCGACAUGUCAGCUGCCGCUCGCCGUGCCUUCUCUGCGCCCCGCCGUCCCUCGAACCGCUCGUCGACCCGGAACCUCCAACGAUCCGCCGCUCAGAACCUCUUCCAGCUAGGCACAGGCGCAGGCCAAAAGAGACGACUGAUGAACGACUUCUUCAACGUCGAUGGCUCCAAUGACCGACGAGACGGCUCGUCAGGCGGCGGACCCAAGCGCGGACGCAUGUCAUAG